UCUUCUAGUCAUACUGUCCUCGCCCUUGGCAGUUCGUCCAUUGCUCUUCCUCUCUCUACGUAAAAGAUGCCGAAAAAACUUGAGACCUCUACAAACAACCGGGAUUUCAUACUAGAGGCUCUUUCUAAUGGCGUGCGGUUGGACGGGCGUGAAAUGCACGCGUUCAGACAACCCGUAAUAAAGUUUGGCGAUAAGUUUGGUGAAGUUGAUGUCUCCUUAGGUGAGACACGUGUAUUAUGCCACAUCACGGCUCAAAUCGCGAAACCGUAUCCAGACAAACCUUUCGAUGGCAUUUUCACCAUUCACACAGAGUUGACGCCAAUGGCUCACCCUUCUUUAGAGGCGGGAAGACUUUCUGAUCAAGAGGUUCUUAUUUCUCGACUCAUCGAAACCUCUGUCCGUCGUUCCCGUGCUCUUGAUACCGAGUCCUUAUGUAUCUUGUCGGGUCAAAAAUGUUGGAGUGUUCGUGCUACGGUUCAUUUCGUCAACCAUGAUGGAAAUAUGGUUGACGCAGCUUGUCUUGCUGUUGUCGCUGCUUUGUGUCAUUACAGACGUCCGGAUGUUACGGUCACCGGUGAAGAAGUAGUUGUGCAUUCACCAGAAGAAAGAGUCCCUGUUCCUCUUUCCGUCCUUCACAUGCCCAUUUGUACGACGUUUUUCUUUUUCCAUGACGGAAGUAUCUCAGUCACUGAUGCUACUGCUGAGGAGGAGGAACUGUCCACAGGUACUAUGACCAUAACACUCAACAAAAACAGGGAGAUUUGCCAGUUCUUCAAAGCAGGCGGUGUUCCCAUUGAUCAAACAAAAAUCAUUUCUUGUGCACACGCGGCCUUCAAAAAUACGCAAGAAAUCUGCGAGCAGCUAAAACAGGUUUUGGCCCAAGACUUACAAAAGCGGGAAACCCAAUACUUGGGUGGUUCGGCAGAAAAUGCUAGAUCUUAAAUAAACUUGGAUAAACCAAUUUAUCACUGCCGUCAAUGGCUAACAGCUCGUUAUUUCAUGAAUAGUCUAUCUAGAGAAAUUGAUUUUACGAGCGAAUUUUAAAUAAAGGCCGGCCUACAGGCCAAAGCACACUAUUACUCACCCUUCGAGUUCUCGGCCAUGAUGCAGCGGGCAACCGGCAUUUCAGCAUACAUAACUAUUGAACAAACGAAUGUAUAGCUAAGGCAGGUAGAAGAGAGUCCCAUAUUAAAGCGGUCAAUUGGAGGAUCAGACUAACACGAUUGGAGUUACUGUUGAUUCGAGCGUGGUGCUUCUCAACAGCACCUAAGGAAACAACGAAACACACGUGAACAAAAGAGAAACAGAAUAAGCAUCGGUCGAAGGGCGGUAGUAGACGAGAAGAGACUUUAUAUAACAAAAAGAGAGGUAGGCUGAAGAUGUGUAUGUAACAUG